UAAAGCUACGCUUCGCGUUCUUCACAUCCCCAUCCAGCAGAGCAGGUGUCUCUCCAGAGCGCGCCCAGCGCGGGCACUGUAAUCACAUGGGGGAAUGUUUGAGGGCGACUUUCCCAUGUCUUCAGACAUUAUGGGACAGAAUAUACGGAUCCUCGAGUGACGGUGAAAACAGCAUGAAGGAUGACUGUGGUUCGACGGGAGAUGUUUCCAGCACCACGGCCAACAGUGGCACGGAGUCUGUCGGUCGUUACACGCGUCCGGGGACCUCUAUCCCGACAAGUCGAAAGACCGACAAUGCUGUAUAUACAGCUCUGUGGGACUUUGAGGCUCGGGAAAAAGAGGAGUUGUCGUUUAAGGCUGGUGAUAUAUUCCAAAUCAUCAGCUGUUCCGGUGGCUGGUGGAACGCGAGGAAAACGGACAUGAAUGGUUGUAUCCUCGCCACGGGGUUUGUUCCACAUAAUUACCUGGCGCGGGUGGAAUCCGUAGAAUCUCAACCAUGGUUCUUUGGAAAGAUGAGCCGUGUUGAGGCCUCAAAUCACCUCAUGUCACCUGGAAAUCAUGAUGGAUCCUUCCUGGUGCGAAUCAGUGAGACCGACAACAUAGGCCACGUGAUCUCAGUAAAGGCACACAAAAAAACGAAACACUUCAAGAUCUAUGAGUCGAAUAGUCAAGUCUAUGUGAAUCCGACUCUUAAAUUCUCCUGCGUAUUAGAGGUGGUGGAAUACUAUCAAUCUCACCCUCUGGCCUCUCUGGACAGACUGAAAUGUCCCUGCAUUAGGAAAAGGCCUCAACCACAGGAUCUGUCGCACUCAACAGUGGACGAAUGGGAGUUGCCAAAAGAAGACUUUAGUCUUGAAGAUCAGCUCGGCAGCGGCUACUUUGCUGAUGUUUACAGGGGCAGAUGGAAGAAUCGCAUUAACGUGGCCAUCAAAAUCCUCAAGAACCAUGAUUGUCUAAAGCAGAAAGAAUUUCAGAUGGAGGUGCAGAUUAUGAAGCGGUUGCGUCACAGACACCUCAUCUCUCUCUUUGCCAUCUGCACAUCCUCCACCCCUUACUACAUCAUCACAGAGCUCAUGGAAAAGGGCAACCUCUUAAACUUCCUCAGAGGUUCAGAAGGCGAGACAUUAGAUCUGGCUUCUCUUAUCGACAUGGCUGCUCAGGUAGUAGAAGGGAUGGCAUAUUUAGAGGCCAAUAACAGUAUUCACAGAGACCUCGCUGCAAGAAAUGUUCUAGUUGGAGAUGGAUAUAUCUGCAAAGUUGCCGAUUUUGGCCUAGCCCGCAUCAUUAAGGAGCCUUUUUAUGUAUCUGAUGAGAAGAAAAUCCCAUACAAGUGGACGGCACCUGAGGCUAUCAGUCACGGCCGUUUCUCAAAUAAAUCUGACAUCUGGUCAUUCGGGAUUCUUCUGUUUGAGAUUCUCACCUACGGCGGGAUACCUUAUCCAGGUUUAGCAACAAAUGAGGUGUUUGUUUAUAUCACGCAACACAACUACAGAUUGCCAGCUCCACCCAAAUGUCCGCAGUUCAUAUAUGACAUCAUGCUGUCCUGCUGGAUGUUGAAGCCAGAAGACCGGCCUGAUUUUAAAGAUCUGAGAAACAAUCUAGAAAACAUCAAUCGCUACAGUGAUUUGGACUGAUUCAGUUGGAAGUUUUCUGUCUCUGUGUAGGAUCCCCUCCAGUGAUACGAAAGAAAAACAAGACUGACCAAGACAUGAUUUUUAAAGACAAUUGUAAACUAUCGGAUCAUCUUUGGUACAUUACCGGAUAUGUAGUUUAGUCUUUUUCAUCACACCAGAACAUGCACACUUAAAGCCCUUUUGCUGCUCUCAUAGAAUCAUUUGUUUAUGUUUGGUGCAUUUGCUUAAUAUUUAAAGUUGUAUAUGUGAAAUCAAUGAUUAAUUUUCUUCAGAAGCGAAACACAUGACCCAAUCUUAGUGUAAAAAAUUGAAAUAAAUACAUUGCUUACUUUGAUACAUGUUUAAAAAGGGCAAUGUCUAUGGACAUGCCAAUGAACCCAAAAUGUUGUGAAAGAGGAUACAAAACACUGCUGUCUGUCAAAACACUGCUGUCUGCCUUUGUAUACUAUAAUGUGUUGUACUUUCUGUAUUGUUAGUGGGUUUUAAACUUGUUAAACACAAAGCAGCUCGCCAAAUUUACCAAAAAUAAUAGAUUACCUGGCCAGUAAACUCGAAGAAAACACAUGCCAGAUUGUUCAUUUUACAAAAAGGGACCUCAGGAGCCAGUUUGACCAGAUCAUCUUUCUUGUUUUUUUGUGAUAUCUUCAAAUGCAGAGGUCUAGUGGUGAACAAUUUUUAUUUGAUAUGGCAAAUAUUAAACUUUGUAUUAAUGCAACUGUUAAUGUAUUGAUGCAUAUAUCAAUCCAUAUAGCCUAGAAACAUUUGAUCGCGCAAUAUACAAUAUAUCCAGCAGAUGGCACUGUAUGCUAUUAUUUCAGUGACGAUCUGUACUGCGUGGAAUAAAAGCGAACAAGGAGGGUUCUUA